AUGGCUUGGGGCUGGGGGCCCGACCCGACCUGCAUAGCCGGCGAUAUCCCAACACCCCUCCAUUGGCCAUCAAACGAAAACCAUGCUAACGCUAAGCUAGACGAAUCCGAGAGAGCGCACCAGGAGGUGUACAACGGUGAGCAGCACCACGAGGGCAAGUUCUCUCACGAGUUCGCUGCCGGUGCCGCUUCCUUUGCCGGCAUGAAGGCCUACGAGGACCACCAGCGCAAGGAGGGCAAGCCCGUCAGCCACGCCUUCGCCAAGGAGCUCCUCGCUGGCAUCGUCGGCGGCGAGGUCGACAAGCUCGCCGAGAGCAAGGGUAUGGACUGGUUUGACCGUGAGAAGGCCAAGCACCACGCCAAGAAGAACGCCGAGCACAUGUACGAGGAGCGUUACGAGCGUGGCAACUACUAA